AUGGAAAUUAGCUCAAAUGAACCCAAGAUAGCUCUUACACUAAGCAGCAUUUGCAAGAGAACCAUUCAUUUGAAAAAACAAAGUGAUGAUGAAAGCAAUAAUGCAACAAGUGAAUACAUACAAAUACUUAAGAAGCUAUCUGCUGGCGCCUCUAUUAAAGAAGAAAGAGAUGAAUACAUAUAUACACCGGGAACAAUAAAUGGAGGAGAGCUUUCCUUUCAAUGUGUGCACAACACAAUUCCCGAUGUUAUUAUUGCUCUUCUUCCACUGGUUCCAUUUUGCAGGAUACCAAUACGGCUUACACUCAAAGGAACAACAAACAAGAAAGAGUUUACUUCAAUAGACAUGGUCCGUGCGAUGUACUGUAAAAUAUUAAGUCAGUUUGGAGUUGUUGCUGAAGUUAAAAUAAACACAAGAGCACUUUACCCAUCCCAAAACGGAGAGGUUCUUUUUAUGGCAGAAACCGCUACAUCACUAUCCCCUGUUAUAUUAAGCCACAGGGAAGAAUUAAGAAGAAUAAUAGGAAUAAAUUAUUCGGCUAAAAUAAACAGCGACACAGUGCACACGGUAAGUAAUGUAGCAAGAGAGCACCUAAGUCAAAUAUCAUCAUCUGUUAAGAUAUACAAUGACAUAGGGAAUAGCAAAACAACCAGCGGCACGCCUGGGCAAGGAUCAGUUCUUUUGGCAUUUGGUCAUAAUUCUAUUUAUGCUGUAGAGUACACAGUUGAUGGAACAGAUUCAUUAGUAGAAUUAACCGCAGAGGAAAGAAUAAACAAACUAGUCCAAGUGUUUUAUAAGAACAUAAGAAGUAGUGGAUCAUACAGCCAUACAGUACAAUACUUUAUUUUUAUACUAUUAUCACUAACAACAGUUGAUGCGAGUUCUGUUAUCAUCAGAAGAAUCUCACAGAAAGACAAAGAAGUUCUUUUAUUACUAGAAAAAAUAAUGAAAUACACAUAUACAGUAGAACCUUAUAUAAAAACAGAAAAAGACAUUAAUUCAGGUAUUCCAGACAAUUUGCUUGUAAUCAAGUCGUGCGGGGUUGGAUACACCAAUAUUUUCAAGCCUAUCCAAUAAUUUAGACC